AUGUGCGGCAUACUCGCGGCCUUCGGGCUCACCGGCACGCCGGAGCAGAACAGGCGGGAGCUGCUCAAGCUCAGCAAGCUGCUGAGGCACAGGGGCCCCGACGCGAACUUCAUGUACGCCAGCGCCGCCGGCGACGCGUGUAUCUGCCACGAGCGCCUGCAGAUUGUGGACAUCUCCGAUGCCGGCAGGCAGCCGUUCAGACUGGAGACGCCGGAGGGCGCCAUUGUCUGGGCCACGAACUCCGAGAUCUAUAACCACGCGCAGAUUCGCGAGGAGCACCUGGCCGGCGUGGAUCUGCACAGCGGCUCCGACUCCGCCGUCGUGGGCCACCUGUACCGGAAGUACGGCUGCACAGACGAGAUGAUCGGCGCCCUGGACGGCAUCUUCGCGUGCGUGGUGUACAACGAGGCCACGGGCGAGUACUCCGCCUUUAGGGACCCCAUCGGCAUCUGCCCCAUGUACUGGGGCCGGGGCGACGACGGGUCGGUGUGGUUCGCUAGCGAGAUGAAGGCCAUCCAGGACAAGUGCGAGGCGCUGGAGGUGUUCCCGCCGGGGCACGUGUUCAGGAGCAGCAAAGGGAAGCUGGAGCGCUGGUAUAACCCUAGGUGGCUGGAUAUGAGCAGGAUACCCACGAAGCCCGCCUGCAUGGCCACCCUGAAGAAAGCAUUGAUCCGGUCGGUGGUGAAGCGGCUGAUGUCGGAUGCCCCUCUUGGAAUGCUCCUUUCCGGUGGACUUGAUUCUUCGCUGGUGGCCAGCAUUGCCGUGAGGCAUCUUAAGGAGUCCAACAAUGCAUACAGCAAGAGCGAGCGCCUCAACACUUUUAGCAUCGGCCUUAAAGGGGCACCCGACUUGAUGGCGGCCAGGAAAGUGGCAAACGAUCUGGGUACGAAUCAUCACGAGUUCCAUUUCACUGUGGAGGAAGGCAUCGACGCACUCAGGGACCUCAUUUGGCACAUUGAAUCCUUCGAGCAGGUGCGAGCGGCCGUUCCCAUGUACCUGCUGGCUCGCAAGAUCAAGGCCCUGGGUAUCAAGGUGGUGCUUUCUGGAGAGGGUGCUGACGAGAUCUUCGGUGGUUACCUGUACUUCCACAAGGCUCCCAGCCCAGAGGAGAUGCACAGGGAGACCGUUCGCAAGCUGUCACGCCUGUAUCUCUGGGACGUCCUGCGUGCCAACAAGGCACCCUUUGCCUGGGGCUUGGAGUCCAGGGUGCCCUUUCUGGACAAGGACUUCCUUGAGGUGGCCAUGGGCAUGGACCCGGCGGAGAAGAUGAUCGACAUGUCGUUCAAACCCGACGGGGUGCACCCCAAGAUGGAGAAGUACGUGCUGCGUAAGGCGUUCGACGACCCCGAGUGCCCUUACCUGCCCGACUCCGUGCUGUUCCGCCAGAAGGAGCAGUUCAGCGACGGCGUGGGAUACGACUGGGUGGACGGACUGAAGGACUACGCGAGCAAGGUGGUGACGGACGAGAUGUGGGCGCGCCGCAUGGAGCGCUUCCCGACGGACCCGCCUCGCACGCGCGAGUACUACGUCCUGCGCUCCCUCUUCCAGGAGCAGUUCCCCAGCAAGGCGGCCCUGCUGACGGUGCCGCGCGGCCUCAGCGUGGCCUGCUCCACCCCCGAGGCCGUGAGCUGGGACCCGGAGUGGAAGAACCUGCACGAGAUCUCUGGCAGGGCUGUUGGCGUCCACGUGGCAUCGUCGGAGUUCGACGCCAAGGCGCAGAGCAAGGAGAUCCCCAUCCCCAAAGCCAACGGCCUGGUGGGGCGCCGCCACCUGGCGCCCUCCCACCCGGAUGUCCUCUCCAGCGCGUCGCCGGCGGAGAGGGUGCUGGGCCUAAGCCCAGCCUGA